UUUAAAGUAUUUUAACAGAUAAAGAACCUAUGACAACUUAUUCAAAUUAUUUUUCAUGAGAUAAAUUGCCUUAAUUAUAAAAUAUGGCUCGACUGAGAUUAGUUUAACAAUUUAUAUCACAACCGCCAGCCCAACUAUUAUCUACCUAUUGUUAAAUAUCGAAUUAAAUUAAGUUUAUAUUUCAUUUCUAAAUUCUAUUUAUUCCCAGUUUGACAGUAAUCAAAAUUUCAAACUUUCUACAAAUAAACAAGUUUGACAAUAGUGAUAUUGUUAAGGGGAGUAUAAAUUUGUGUAAACACUCUUCAAAGAAAACCUAAUAGUUUUGUGUUCAGUGUGAAUAUGAAUUUAAAAAACUGAUGGAAUGCCAAAGAUUUAAAGAAUAUUAAUUAUAACAAUUUUAAAUAUUAGACACAUUUUUUUUUCAACUGGCAUUAUGGCAAACACAUUUCAAUUGUUUUGUAACAAGUAUUAAUAUACUGCACAUAUUAUAUCUACAUUACAAAUGUAUAGCUUAAAUUUUUUUAUAUAAGUUUAAAAAUAAAUAUUGUAAAUAUGUGAACGUAAAAAAAAAAUACUUUGAAGUUGACAUUACAAUUAUUAAUUUAUUUAGUAUUAUACUAAAUAAAAAAAUAUUAGAUAUUGUUAUUCUCAAUAAAACUCUAUAAAACAUGAUCUAAAAUCAAUUGUUGGCGAAUUAUAGUACUUUAUAGUGUUUGUACUGCGACCGUAGAUCGCUGAGACUAGAUCGUAAGCCAUUUAGUUAAAACAAAAAAACAUUAUCAUAAUGGAUAUGCCCGUAAGACUCCUACACUUAAAGUUAUAAAUCAAAGUCUUAGCACUCUUGAUCGUCGUUACUAAGCUAACGAUUUUUUCUUAAAACGUUAAAAAAAAUGGAUGAAAUAGUAUUUUAGUUUAUGACAAGGAUCCUGCGAUUUUCUUAUUAUAUUAUUUGUGCUGUAGGUAUAUUAUACUGCACAAUGAAAACGAUAUGUUUAUGUUUAACUAAAUAAUAUCUGUAACGUUUUUCUCCCCGCCAUUAUUAACGUGAUAUUUAUAUUAUAUGUAUUCAAUGCGACGUCAUAAAGUGAAUGAGAAAUUCGCAAUGACCAUGAAAAUGUUCUCUACAUCAGUUGCCAUACGCUGUUAUAGACACUUAUCGUGUAAGAUACAACAAAAAGGAAAAUCCUCACCUACAAGUGUAUUACCCACUGAUCACUGUACACAAUUAACUACGACCGGUAUUCCGUGCAAAUCAUAAAUAGCCGGCUGGAUGUAUUUCAUCAGUUUAAAUAUGGUGAAAAGUUUGUGUUUCGUGUGUUUAACAUUAAUCAUGAUUAGUGCAGUGUCGAAUCAGACUGUCAACAACUGCCGUUUGAACACUGGAAAAACUGGGGAAUGCAAAAACAUAAAAAACUGUCCUUCGUUACGAACCGUUUUAGUUAAUGAAAGGUAUAGACCGUCGGUGAUUGCUUAUCUUCAAAGUUCUAUUUGUGGUUAUGACGGCAUCGAUCCAAAAGUGUGUUGUCCGAUAGUUUCUGAUAUUUAUACUUACAAGAAAAAUUAUAUCGGUCUUAGAAAUAUCGACAUCCAAAAUGUUUCAGUUGUAACGUCAACGCUUAAGGAGCCACCAUUUUUAUGGAGUUCUGCAACAGUUACUUCCCCUUUGUCAACGACACCGACAUUUUGCAGUUGCGUUUUAAUUCAGUUAUGUCCGGCCAUUCGAGGACUACUGAAAAAAUACAGAGGCAGCACUUCGGUUAAAUCUUACAUAGAAAACUUGAUAUGCGGAUACGAAGGUAGAUACGCAAAAGUUUACUGUCCCCAAUACACCAACGAAGGAAACUUGUUGGAAAAUUCCGACCCCGACCAUAUUAUCACUUACAGACUGAGUAAUUGUAAUGCCAGAAACAAAAACGGCAUCAACAAUAACAUUGGAUACACCUCGGCUUCAAAAAAUAUAAUCACAUCCACAAAGCCUAGUGUAACGGUCACGCUAAACGACGGAAUCGAGCAGAAUAAAAUCAAUAAACCCAGUGUCCUAUCAUUGGCAGCAUCUAAUGAAGUACCUCUAGCCAACGUCUGCGGCCAGACCACAAUUAUCCGAGAUCGACUUGUCGGAGGAGAGAGACCCAGUCUAGACGAUUGGCCGUGGAUAGUCGCCUUGGGAUACAAAACUAAUUCUAAGCCAAACAAUCCACUUCGUUGGUCAUGCACUGGUGCAUUGAUAACUGAAAGCUAUGUGAUAACAACUGCACAUUGUACUACAGCGUCUGCACUCGGCACACAAGAAUUGUCGGCGGUGCGUUUGGGUGAUCUGAAUUUAAAUCCCAUCGUAAACGAUGGCGCUUUGUCACAAGACGCUCUGAUUGAGAAGAUAAUUGUCCACGAAUCGUACAACGUAGAUAAGUAUUCCAAUGACAUAGCGUUGUUGAAAUUAAAAACUCCUGUCAAAUUUAACCAACACAUAAAACCCAUUUGUUUACCCGUUUCGUCUAAUAUGAGAUCUAAAACAUAUGUGAAGUAUUCGCCUACUGUUGCUGGCUGGGACUCAACGCCUUCGCGUCAGAUCAGGAAUACAGCUAUGUCAGAAGUGUACACUCCAAUUAUAGAUUUAACGGUUUGUAAAAGUAUAUUUGCAAACGAGUCAGUUGUGAUUGAUAACAGUGUAUUUUGUGCCGGAUAUUUGAUUGGAGGAAAUAAUUCAUGCCUGAACGGAUCUGGAAAUCCUAUGAUGUUGCUGAAAAAUAAACAAUGGUAUGUACUUGGAAUUACGUCUUAUGAUUUGAAAUGUGCUGAACGUGGAUUUCCUACCGUUUUCACGAGAGUAUCGCAUUUCGUGAAUUGGAUUAAUAACAAAAUUAAAAACGAAUGAACAAAACAAGAAUAUCACUUUUUCGUAGUUAUAAAGAAACAAUAACUACAUUAAAGCAACAUUCAUAGUUUUAUUAUUUCAUAUGUAUAAUAAAAGUUUUAUUCACUCGAUUUCUUAUACUCAUCAUUUAAUAAUAAGUACCUCUUAAGUGUUAUUGUAUCCUUAGUAGAUUUAAGUAACGGACAAUAAAACGUUAUUAUUAGUA